UGGCUUUCCAAUUUUAUUAUCUCUCAUUUCCCACCGACUUUAAACAUCCCGUAACUAUAAAGAGUUAAAGCAAGUGCAGUGUUUUGAAAACAAAAUGGCGAAGGGUGGGAAGGAAGAAUACUCUUGCGAGAUGUUCAGCAACAAAUACUUCAUGCUUUGCGGUGCGGGAGGCGCCGUGGCCUGUGGCUCCACACACACCUUCGUGACACCCCUCGACUUGGUCAAGUGCCGGCUGCAAGUAGACCCGGCCAAAUACAAAUCAAUCUUUAAAGGAUUCGGAAUAUCCUUUAGAGAAGGUGGCGCUGCAAACUUGGUAAAAGGCUGGGCGCCUACCCUCAUCGGCUACAGUCUCCAAGGUGCAGCGAAGUUCUCUGGAUAUGAGUAUUUCAAGUACAAAUUCGCAACGUUAGUGGACGAGGAGACAGCUUAUCUAUACAGGACCUACAUGUAUUUGGCAGCGUCAGCGUCGGCAGAGCUCCUCGCCGACAUAUUCCUAGCCCCAUUCGAAGCCACCAAAGUGAGGAUGCAAACCACACCAGGAUACACAUCGAAGAUGAGACAAGCGAUGCCGCAUAUGAUGUCCACGGAAGGCUUCGGGGUUUUUUAUAAAGGCUUAACGCCGCUGUGGGGCCGACAGGUGCCCUACACCAUGAUGAAGUUCUCUUCCUUCGAGAAGACGUUGGAGUAUUUGUAUGCGAACGUUGUUCCCAAGCCCCGGGAGCAGUGUACGAAGGUGGAACAGUUGGUAGUAACGUUUACAGCGGGGUAUAUAGCUGGCGUAUUGUGCGCGAUCGUCUCGCAUCCAUCUGAUACUAUUGUUUCGAAGUUGAACAAGGAUCCGAGCGCGUCGAUCGGUAGUAUUAUUGGUGAAGUGGGGAUGGUGGGUAUCUGGCGAGGCUUGGUUGCACGCAUAAUCAUGAUCGGCACGCUGACCGGCCUGCAGUGGUUCGUGUACGAUGCCUUCAAGGUGUACACUGGCAUGCCGCGCCCACCUCCAGGCGACAUGCCGGAAUCGUUGAAAAAGAAAUUGGCCGCUAGAAAAUAA